UGAGAAGACUCCGCCCUGCUCCAUGUGCUGGGGGACAAGGAGCUCUCACCUUCUCCCACCCCCUGAAGUCUCCUGGCUGCUCUGAGCAGGGUGGGGUGGGAUUCUGCUACUCUGGCCCUCCCGGAGCUUCCAUUUCCUUAUCCUUCCUCCCACGUGACUAUUGGGAUUGUGGCUGGGGCAGCCGGUAAUGACUGGGUCCUUUUGGUGUUUCAGAUGCCGAUGAGCUUCGAGGAUGUGGCUGUGUAUUUCACCCAGGAGCAGGGGGCUCUGCUGGACCCCACUCAGAGAGCCCUCUACAGGGACGUCAUGCAGGAGAACUACGAGACGGUGACCUCGCUGGGAUUUCCCAUUCCCAAACCUGAGCUGAUUGUCUGGCUGGAACAAGGGGAAGAGCCGUGGGUGCCUGAUCUCCAGGCCUGCGAGGAAAAAAGGCUUCCGAGAUGCCCCCAUAGAGCAGGUGCUGAGCAAGGGAGGGAGAAUGAGGAUGAGAAUCAUCAUGAGGUAAUUCCCGGGGAAGUGGAACCACAGGGGACCUUUGUGGGAAGAGCUGAAGAGAAUUUCUCCCAGUGCUUCGAGCAAGCAGAAGCCAGGGGAAAUUGGCACAUGUCAGAGAGCCUUCUGGGAAACCAAGUGGGGAAGAAAAUGAAUGAGUCCAAUAAUGGUGGGGGAAGAGAGGAGGAUCCCAGAGCGCAGCAGACAAAUCCCAAGGAAAAGACACCCUGGCACUACCUUCAGUGUGGGAAAGGAUUCAUUGUGAGAUCACAGCUUGUGACAUGUCUGACAAUCCAUACUGGAGAGAAACCCCUUCAAUGCUUGGACCAUGGGGAAAGCUUCAGUAAGCUCUCAGAUCUUAAUAACCAUGGGAGAAGCCAAAGUGGAGAAAAACCCUCUCAAUCUCUUGAGUGCGGGAAAUGUUUCAUUUCAAAGACGCAAAUAAUUAGAGAUCAGUUAAGCCACACACGUGAGAGACCCCAUAAGUGCUUGGACUGUGGGAAAAGUUUCAUACAGAGGUCACACCUUGUUGUACAUCAGGCAAUCCACACAGGAGUGAGACCCUACAAGUGUGUGGAGUGUGGGAAAAGUUUCAUAGAACGGUCAGGCCUUGUUAGACAUCAGGCAAUCCACACAGGAGAGAAACCCCACAAGUGCUUGGACUGUGGGAAAAGUUUCAUACGAAGGUCAGACCUUGUUAAUCAUCAGGCAAUCCACACAGGAGUGAGACCCUACAAGUGCUUGGAGUGUGGGAAAAGUUUCAUAAUAAAGUCAACCCUUGUUCAACAUCAGGCAAUCCACACAGGAGAGAGACCCCACAGGUGUUUGGUCUGUGGGAAAAGUUUUAUAAGAAAAUCAAGCCUUGUUGAACAUCAGGCAAUCCACACUGGAGAGAGACCCCACAAGUGCUUGGACUGUGGGAAAAAUUUCAUACUGAAGUCACACCUAACUCAUCAUCAGGCAUUACACACAGGAGCGAGACCCCACAAGUGCUUGGAGUGUGGGAAAAGUUUCAUAUGGAGGUCUGAACUCAUUAAACAUGGAAGAAUCCACACAGAAUCUAAACUUCUGGGAUUGUGGCUGCGGCAGCAGGUGCUGAGUGUGGGACUCUUGUUGUUUCAGAUGCCGGUGACCUUCGAGGAGGUGGCUGUGUAUUUCACCCAGGGGCAGGGGGAUCUGCUGGACCCCGCUCAGAGAGCCCUCUACAGGGACGUCAUGCAGGAGAACUACAAGAUGGUGACCUCACUGGGAUUCCCCCUUCCCAAACCUGAGCUGAUCUCCCGCCUGGAACAAGGGGAAGAGCCGUGGGUCCCGGAUCUCCAGGCCUGUGAGGAAAGAGAGAGCCUGAGCGGCAACCACACAGCAGGUGAUGAGGCAAUGAGUGAGAAGGAAGAAGGGAAUCAUCAUGAGGAAGUCCCUGGGAAAGUGGAACCACAGGGGACAUAUGUGGGAAGAACAGAAGGGAAUUUUUCCCAGUGCUUCAAACACGAAGAAGCCUGGGGAAAUUGGCACAGGUCAGAGAGGCUGCAGGGAAACCACCCAAGGAAGAAAGUGGAUGAAUCUAUUAAGUGUGGAGGAGGAGAAAAGGAUCUCACAACCUAUCAGACAAAUCCCAAGGAAGACAAACACUAUGAUUGCCUUGGGUAUGGGAAAGGAUUCAUUCUGAGAUCACAGCUUGUUACACAUCAGACAAUCCAUACUGGAGGGAAACCCCUUCAAUGCUCAGACUGUGGGGAAAGCUUCAAUAAUCGCUCAGCCCUGAGUAAUCAUGGGAGAAGCCACAGAAGAGAGAAACUUUCUCAAUGCCUCGAGUGCGGGAAAUGUUUCAUUUGGAAGUCAGAACUAAUUAGACAUCAGCUAAGCCACACAGGAGAGAGACCCCAUAAGUGCUUAGAUUGUGGGAAAAGUUUCAGCUGGAAAUCAGUCCUUGUUAAUCAUCAGGUAAUCCACACAGGAGAGAGAAUGCAUAAGUGCCUGGAUUGUGGGAAAAGUUUCAGUCGGAGGUCAGUUCUUGUUAAUCAUCAGAGAAUCCACACAGGGGAGAGACCCCACAAGUGCAUGGACUGUGGGAUAAGUUUCACAUGGAGAUCAGACCUUGUUAGACAUCGGGCAAUCCACACAAGAGAGAGACCUCAUAAGUGUUUAGAUUGUGGGAAAAGUUUCACACAGAGGUCAGUCCUUGUUAGACAUCAGUCGAUCCACACAAGAGAGAAACCCCACAAGUGCUUGGGCCAUGGGGAAAUUUCGCGCAGAGAUCACACCUCAUUAAACAUGAGAGAAUCGACACCCGAUCUAAACUUCUCUGACACAGAGACAGAAGGUGUUAAGGAAAUUGCAUGUAAUUGACCUAGAUUCAACCUUUAGAGACACGUUAGAAAAGUGUGUACUGGUUAGAUAAACUAGAGCUUCGAAAAGUAACCAUGUAUUGUUAAAGACAUGGAAGAAGAUGGUAACUGUAGUAGUCUCUGUUUAGCUGUAUCUUGUUAGAGGUUAACAAUGGAAAUAAACAGUUCCUGUCUAGGGCUGUAUUCUGUGAA